UUAAAUUAUCUUUAGGUCUCGUUAUUUUCCAAUUUUCAAUCCCCUUAAUGAAACAAGAAACUUUUUAUAAUUUUAUCCCAAACUUUCAAUCCCCAACCUCAAUUCCCUCAGCCCAAACACACCCUAAAUCCCUAAAUUUUUUCUUUCUCAUCAAAUUUCUAACCAUGGAAAGAAUCGAAAGACCUUCAAGCAUAAUUGAUACAUUAGGCGAAGAACUAGUCCGAAUCAUUACCCCAGUUUCAAUUUGCAUGUUAUUAGUGGUUCUUUUAGUUUCAACCCUCAGUUCUUCUUCUUCAUCAUCUUCAGAUUCAAAUUCAAUCAUAACCAUAGCCAAUUUAGCUUACGAUGAGAGCAAUUCAGACUCAUUUUGGGACAAAUUUGAAGGUGCCCUUUUAAAUUCAUUUGUUUUUGUGGUUAUUGUAACUCUUAUAACCUUUUUUCUAGUGUUCUUAUUCUAUAUUAGAUGCACCAAAUUCUUGAAGUUUUAUGUGGGAUUUUCUGCUUUUAUGGUACUUGGGUUUAUGGGUGGUCAGGUUCUUAUAUUGUUAAUUGCAAAAUUGAGUUUACCCAUUGAUCCCAUUACAUAUAUGGUGCUUUUGUUUAACUUUGCUAUUGUUGGGGUUUUGGCUGUGUUUAUGUCAAAGAUGGCUAUUUUUAUCACUCAAGCUUAUUUGGUAGUUAUUGGUGUACUAGUUGCUUAUUGGUUUACAAUGCUACCUGAGUGGACUACUUGGGUUCUUUUGGUUGCUAUGUCAUUGUAUGAUUUAGGGGCUGUGUUAUUGCCUAUUGGACCGCUUCGCCUUUUGGUGGAGCUUGCAAUAGAUAGGGAUGAAGAUAUACCUGCAUUAGUUUAUGAAGCUCGCCCGGUUAAUGUUAAUGAAUUGGAUGGUGUUAGUCAGAGGAGAUUGUGGAGAGAUAGAAGGGGUAAUGGAGAUCAGCAAGAAUGUACAAAUAAUGGGGUAAACUCGGUCCACUUGGGGACAAGUAGUGAUAAUCGAACUGUAUCGACUAUUGAGAGUAGUGUUGCUGGGAGGGAUUUAGCGAGUGUCGAAGAAGGGCGGGUGCCAAAUAGUAAUCAGGAUGCUUCUGUUCCAUUGCUUGAGCAAAGAAUGAUUGUUGAAUCACGCGGCAAUCAAGUAGUGGUUUCGGAUGACAAUAUGGCUUUUGAAGGGAUUGGUUUGGGAGCUUCUGGUGCAAUUAAGCUUGGUCUAGGAGAUUUUAUCUUUUACAGUGUUUUGGUAGGGAGGGCAGCAAUGUAUGAUUAUAUGACUGUUUAUGCUUGCUAUUUGGCUAUAAUAGCUGGUCUCGGGAUCACCCUGAUGCUACUGGCUGUUUAUCAAAAAGCUUUGCCUGCUUUGCCUGUGUCUGUCAUGCUUGGAGUGUUGUUUUAUGUCUUGACUCGAGCCUUACUUGAAGAAUUUGUAAUGCAGUGCUCUAUGAAUUUUGUUAUGUUCUAGGCGUGUCUAUUGUAUACUAUUUAGUAGUUGUGAGGUAUCAAGGAUCAUUCUUAUGGCAAUGACUCGUGUUCUUAACUUGGGCGUCUUUAUCUUUGUCUUCAAAUGGUUCUAUUUUCACUCCGACUAUUUGGAUUGGCACAUAGUAUUUAAGAUUAACUUUCUCUUGUUUUCGAUCUUCCUGGAAUUUGUACUGUGAAAGGACGUCAAAAGUAACUUGUUGAGUGCUAACUUAAUUCGGAUGAAGUUGAAAUUGGUUUAAAGCUAGCAAUUGUACUUAAAUGGCUUAGUCGUGUGCGACUGCUUAGGAGUUUAUGAAGAUGGAAGCAAUCGUUAUGGGAGUUCCCGGUGUAUAUUUAACUUAUGUUAUACUAGAAAGUUAAAAACAAGUCAGUGUUCAUUAUAUUCCAUAAACUGAAAGAAAUUGCAUCAGCAAGGAAGUUUGCUGGAACAAACCUAACGAUGGCGGUAUUCGAUGUUUAAUGUACUUGUGUGACUUUGAAGAUAAUCCCGAUAUCGCUCUCUAUCAUAUGAAUGCAGUGUCAUCUGGUAUUAAUACUUUUGAAGAAUGGUGCAAUGUUAUGUUCAUCAAGAGGAAACGGUAAAGACUUCCAAGUUUUUUCUUUCAUGAUUGGCCUAUCACAUUAAGCUAAUAUGUGUUAUGUUGGAACUAUUAUAUACUCCCUCCAUCCCAAAGAUAUAUAUAUGAAUAAAAAAAGCGGAACGUAUUUUUGGGAUGAUGAAAGGAAUAGAUUUCUUGAAGUAUCUGUUAUAUGUUCUUUUAAGUUCUGCUGAUUUGUAUUUGUAACCCAUCUAUUGUAUCUUUUGCCCUGUACUUUUGCAUUGUUAUUUUAGACCAUAAUAUUAGGCUUGCUUUGUGAGAGGUCACUUGUUGUAAAUUAUGCUGUUAAGUGCUUCCUGCUGUGACUGAACAAAGUUUCUAACCUAUACAUUCUUGUAGAUGAAAUAAUGUUUUUGCAGAAUUUGAAUCUGCUAUAAUUAAGUUUCCUAACUUAUUGGUCUACUAAAUAUGCAUACAGCUGCCUGUGUUGGGGAGUUCUUGUUUGAGAUGUAUGAUGUUAAAAGAAAAUUCAAAUGUUUGUAUGUUCUGUUAUAAAUUAGCACAAGGGCCAAAUAUAUUAUUAUCUUUGUUGCUGACAAUCUAUCACGUUGAUUUGUGUUAGUUCAUGUAGCUGAUCUCAUAUAUUGGGAUUAACGUUUUGACAUUGUUAUGUUGUCUAUUUGUUUAUACAAAGAUUUGCGUUAAUAAUGAUACUCACAUUUCAUGUUUGAGCCACUUUUAGUUUGCAAUGUUCCUAGAUGAUAUAACAAGACCUAUUUAGAGAAAAGUUCUAUGGUGUUUUAUUUCAUUGAUGAAAUCACAUUAUUGGAUGAAACUAGAUAUAAUGUAUAUACUAAGCUAGAGAGGUAGACAUUAGAAUGAAAAGGGUUUAAACUAAGUUGAAGUACGAAAAAAGUAUAUAGAAUGUUAUUUUGUCACGAAUGAUCAUAGUCGAGAAGAUAGAACCAUAGAAAUAGCUCUCACAAGUAUGUUUUUCAAGUACCUCAACUCACUUUUCCACAAGAAAAGCGAUGUUGGUCAAGAUGUAAGCAUAAGAUUUAAUGUGGUUCACUCAAAUAGUUUGUUGUGACCGGAAUGUUAUGGGAUCUAGAUGUACCAUUAAGGUCUAAGACAAUUAACAUGAGUGCCAUUAGACUAAUAGAACUAUAUGGUCAUAAUGUUGGCUUUCAUAAUGAUAGAAUUAAUUCGAAUUGAAAACAUAAGAAAAGAAUUUAUACUUGCAAAUAUUGUAAAUGAAAUGAGAAAAUUGUCUACGUUGGUUAAAUUAUGUGCAAAAAAGACCGAAAAAUGAUUGGUUAGAAGAGUGAAAGGUUGAAACUUUGAGGAGCAUAGAAUAAAAAGAGGUAAACCAAAAAUGAUGUGGGUAAUAGAAGUGAAAAAUAAUAUGAAAAACUAGGAUUUACAUUAGCAUAUAGAAAUGAAUGGAAGAAGAGAAUAUAUGAGAAUAUAUGAGGAUGG